CGGGGCUCGCGCUGGCCGGCUGCAGCGCGCAGGGUGCCAAGCCCUCCCCUACGAAGUCUGUUUUGUCUCAGGCUGGGCUGAGUCACAUAGAAUAGAUAGAUAGUUGAUUUAGCACAUGUCCUCCAGAUCAUAUUAUCCGCCUACAAAUAUAGCCUGUUAGCGCACAGGCACGGGAGGCUUCUUCCGGCUCGGUCGUGCUGCUCAGCGGGUGUAAACAGCCUCUGCGGUGUAAACAGCCUCUGCGGUGUAAACAGCCGCGGCGGGCAGGCCAGGACUGUCAGUGCCCGCCCCUCGGGGCAGGUAAUUUCAUGCUCCCAAAAUGGGACACAAAGUGGUUGUCUUCGACAUUUCUGUCAUCAGAGCCUUGUGGGAAACUCGUGUCAAGAAGCACAAAGCUUGGCAGAAGAAGGAGGCGGAAAGGCUUGAGAAGAGUGCCUUGGAGAAGAUAAAGGAGGAGUGGAACUUUGUGGCCGAAUGCAGGAGGAAGGGCAUCCCCCAGGCUGUAUACUGCAAGAAUGGCUUCAUAGACACCAGCGUGCGGCUUCUGGACAAGACUGAAAGGAAUACUUUCACAAGGCAGAGUUCACUUCCCAAGGACAGAGGCAAACGGAGCAGUGCGUUUGUGUUUGAACUUUCUGGGGAGCACUGGACGGAGCUCCCAGAUUCAUUGAAGGAGCAGACACACCUGAGAGAAUGGCACAUAAGCAAUACCCUGAUUCAAAUCAUUCCUACAUAUAUUGAGUUAUUUCAAGCGAUGAGAAUUCUGGAUCUGCCAAAAAACCAAAUCUCACAUCUUCCAGCAGAAAUCGGUUGUUUGAAGAACCUGAAAGAACUCAAUGUGAGUUUCAACCAUCUGAAGAGCAUUCCUCCAGAAUUGGGAGAUUGUGAAAAUCUAGAGAGACUGGAUUGUUCUGGAAAUCUAGAAUUAAUGGAGCUGCCCUUUGAAUUAAGUAAUUUGAAGCAAGUUACAUUUGUGGAUAUCUCAGCAAACAAGUUUUCCAGUGUCCCGAUCUGUGUUCUGCGGAUGUCGAAUUUGCAGUGGUUGGAUAUCAGCAACAAUAACCUGACAGACCUGCCGCAAGAUAUAGACAGGCUAGAGGAGCUGCAGAGCUUUCUCUUGUAUAAAAACAAGUUGACCUACCUUCCCUACUGCAUGCUGAACAUGAAGAAGCUCACUCUGUUAGUCGUCAGUGGGGACCAUUUGGUGGAGCUCCCAACUGCCCUUUGUGACUCGUCCACACCUUUAAAAUUUGUAAGCCUUAUGGACAAUCCUAUUGAUAAUGCCCAAUGUGAAGAUGGCAAUGAAAUAAUGGAAAGUGAACGGGAUCGCCAACAUUUUGAUAAAGAAGUUAUAAAAGCCUAUAUUGAAGACCUUAAAGAAAGAGAAUCUGUUCCCAGCUAUACCACCAAAGUAUCUUUUAGCCUUCAACUUUGAUAUCCAUCAGAAGACUGCAAAUCUCACUAUUUUCUGGAGCUAUAUAUAAAUCUUUGUUAUGAUCAUGUCAUAUAGGAAGAAUGGCUUGUGCUUGAGGACAAAGUCUAGAAACCACUAUCAUAGUUGCUAAGAAAAAUGGUUUUCAAAUGUCAAAUACAUGAAUAUCUCCCUCCAUGGACUGCAGAAUUGAAAAAUUGGUUUAUAUAUUGAUAUUUCCAGGUUCAUUUGCAUAUACUUGUUUCCAAAUAAUGCACAUUUAAUAUGUUUUAAAAUGUCUUAUUUUUAAGAAUUAUAACUAAAAGACCAAAUACUGAAAUUAAGUGCAUUGUUUUCAGGAAUCAAAAGAUAAAGGGGCCGGGUGUGGUGGCUCACGCCUGUAAUCCCAGCACUUUGGGAGGCCAAAGUGGGUGGAUCACCUGAGGUCAGGAGUUCAAGGCUAGUUUGGCCAACAUGGCGAAAUCGCAUCUCCACUAAAAAUACAAAAAAUUAGCUGGGCAUGGUGGCAGGUGCCUGUAAUCCUAGCUACUCAGGAGGCUGAGGCAGGAGAAUCACUUGAACCUGGGAGGCGGAGGUUGCAGUGAGCUGAGAUCAUGCCACUGCACUCCAGCCUGGGUGACAGAGCCAGACUCUGUCUCAAAAAAAAAAAAAAAAAAGAUAAAGGGAUUGUGAAAAGAGCAUUUAUAUUGGACUAAUCAGAUGAGAGUAUUUUGUUAUUUUGAAAAAGUUUAUUUCUUUUACUGAGAAUAAUCUUCCUUGAGUUUAUAUAAACUGCUAUUUCCAUAUGUUUUAAGUUAUAUUUUGGCAAGUGUAGACUUCCAGGAGAGACUUGUAGGUACAACCUAGGCCUUGAAGAAAGAAAGGCUGGAAUAUCUGCCCAUGCUUUGGGCACGAGAUGCUCAGAUGGUGCGUGGGUAGCUCUAGUUGAGGAAGUGUGGGCCUGGCUGUUCAUGGGAAGUCUUCAGUGGCCUUCAUGGAUGGCCAUCCUGUCCUGAGUGGUCACCUUGGGUUCCUGGGACACACCUCAGUGAAGAGCAAAGGCAAUGCCCUCAGGGUCCCUUCCUCCAAGAUGGCCAUGUAGGGUAAUGGAGAUGACCAGUCCACACUGAUAAGGAGUUCCUAGCAAGGCUUCCUUGUGGGUACCACAGGACAACUCUGCCCAUAGCAAAGAUGCUUCAGUCCAGAGGGAGCCCAUGGGCUGUUUGAAUUUGGGAGAGGUGGGAUUCAUUACAGGACUUUGGGCUCUUAUGUCACAUCACAUGAUUUGGAGAAAUUAGACACAAUCUCUUAUUUUUAUACCACUGUCUUGGGCUAAAAUAAACAGGUUGUGGCUGAUGGUGCUGAAGAUAAAUAAGCUUAAACAAAUAACUCUGGCCGGGCACAGUGGCUCACACCUAUAAUCCCAGCACUAUGGGAGGCCGAGGCAAGCAGGUUGUUUGAGCCCAGGAGUUUGAGAACAGGAUUUUGAGAACAGCUUGGGCAUCAUGGGGAAACCCCAUCUCCACAAAAAAUUCAAAAAAUUAGCCAGGUGUGGUGGCACGUGCCUGUGGUCCUAGCUAGUCAGGAAGCUGAGGUGGGAAAAUCACUUGAGCCCGGGAGGUCGAGGCUGCAGUGUGCUGUGAUUGUGACACUGCCCUCCAGCCUGGGUGACAGAGUGAGACCCUGUCUCAAAAGGAAAACAAACAGCAAUAACAAUAUUAUUAUUGUUAUAACGAAAAAAACCAAGCAGCUUUUGUGACUAAGAAGGAAAAUAUGCAUAUAGUGGCAUAUUUUUAUAUGAAUCGUCUCCUCUGUGGUUCUGCCCAGUACCAUCCAGUGGAACUUCCUGCAGUGACGGAAAUGUUCUGUAUUUGCGUUGUCCAACGUGGUAAACAAGACACAUGUGAUUCUUGAGCACCUGAACAAUGACUGAUGUGAUUGAAGAACCCAUCUUUCAAUUCAAUUAAAUUUAAAUAGCCACAUUUAACUCCAACCUUGGGUUUGACCUGAUGGAAAAUUCCCAUGAGAGAGUGCUCCAAACCGUUCCAAGGUGGGGCCAGUUGUGAUUCUAAAGGAAGAAGCACUAAAUGGCAGGGUGAUCAGUUCAAAGCAUUUAUGAGGGGAGCUUACAUACAGCGUGGGCUGCAGCGUCCUUGUGAUGGGCAGUGAGACAAGGGAUGUUCUAUCUGGGCAUGUCCCCAGCGAGGGGGUCGGGCAAUGGAGUUCACAUGAGGAUGUAAGGAAUUUGGGUGGGGGCUGGGCUGGCUUCUACAUGUUUAGCAACACGGUUGAUCUUUCAGUGUUUCCAGCAACAACCUAAACACCUUUAUCAGUGCCUAGGAAUGUUCAAGGCCCAGGCUGGGGUUCAGACCUGCAGAGGAAAACAUCAGCUGGCUGGGUCAAGGCACCAUGUGUUUCUUGGUCAGGACAGAGACAAAAAUGAGGAAAACUAGGGGACCCCACACACAUGUGGCUACCAUACUCCUGAACAGGUCUAGCCAGUUUUUUGUUUUUUGGAAGUUAAUCUGGGGUAGAAAUGUAUGGUGAUUUUUAUUUUCUCUGUCUGAAGAACCAGCCAUUUUUAAAAAGGUUAUUAUUGACAUCCCAAUAUUUUGUCUUGAUGGGCUUACUCAUAAGUCCAAACAUUUUAUUCUCAACAGGUGUAAAACAGGCAGAGCGUUCUAAAACCGCAUGGUAGUGCUUUGGUGGAAGACUGCUUCCACUUAGAAACAAACUCUGAGAAGAAGGCUAAGAGAAGACAAGAGGGCCGGGUGCGGUGACUCACGCCUGUAAUCCCAGCACUUUGGGAGGCUGAGAUGGGCGAAUCACGAGGUCAGGAGUUGGAGACCAGCCUAAACAACAUGGUGAAACCCUGUCUCUAUUAAAAAUACAAAAAAUUAGCCAGGCAUGGUGGCGGGCACCCGUAAUCCCAGCUACUCGGGAGGCUGAGGCAGGAGAAUCACUUGAACCCAGGAGGCAGAGGUUGCAGUAAGCUGAGAUCCCACCAUUGCACUCCAGCCUGGGCAACAGAGUGAGACUCCAUCUCAAAAAAAAGAGAGAGAUGAAAAGAGUAGGAAAAUGAGAAAUCACCUUUGCUGAAUCUUAAAUAUACAUUUUUUUCUUUUUAACACUAAAAAUACAAUUCAAAUUUAUUAGCUGUACUAUUUGGAUGGUUUUGGAAUUUUAUGUCAUGCUAAGGUGUGGGGAAAAGCAAGAGAGAUCAGAUUGUUAUUAUGUCUGUGUAGAAAGAAGUAGACAUAAGAGACUCCAUUUUGUUCUGUACUAAGAAAAAUUCUUCUGCCUCGAGAUGCUGUUAAUCUGUGACCUUACCCCCAACCCCGUGCUCUCUGAAACAUGUGCUGUGUCAAACUCAGGGUUAAAUGGAUUAAGGUUUGUGCAAGAUGUGCUUUGUUAAACAAAUGCUUGAAGGCAGCAUGCUCCUUAAGAGUCAUCACCACUCCCUAAUCUCAAGUACCCAGGGACACAAAAACUGCGGAAGGCCGCAGGGACCUCUGCCUAGGAAAGCCAGGUAUUGUCCAAGGUUUCUCCCCAUGUGAUAGUCUGAAAUAUGGCCUCGUGGGAAGGGAAAGACCUGACCGUCCCCCAGCCCGACACCCAUAAAGGGUCUGUGCUGAGGAGGAUUAGUAUAAGAGGAAGGCACGCCUCUUGCAGUUGAGACAAGAGGAAGGCAUCUGUCUCCUGCCCGUCCCUGGGCAAUGGAAUGUCUCGGUAUAAAACCCGAUUAAGGAAAAACCACCUUAGGGCUGGAGGUGAGACAUGCGGGCAGCAAUACUGCUUAGCAAAGCAUUGAGAUGUUUAUGUGUAUGCAUAUCUAAAGCACAGCACUUGAUUCUUUACCUUGUCUAUGAUGCAAAGACCUUUGUUCACGUGUUUGUCUGCUGACCCUCUCCCCACUAUUGUCUUGUGACCAUGACAGAUCCCCCUCUCUGAGAAACACUGACAAAUAAUCAAUAAAUACUAAGGGAACUCAGAAGCCAGGGGGAUCCUCCAUAUGCUGAACGCUGGUCCCCUAGGUCCCCUUAUUUCUUUCUCUAUACUUUGUCUCUGUGUCUUUUUCUUUUCCAAGUCUCUCGUUCCACCUAACGAGAAACACCCACAGGUGUGGAGGGGCGACCCACCCCCUUCACUAAGGUAUGUGUUACAUAUGGCCAAGUGGAAAAUAUAUCUGAAGAGGGGCUUUCACCCAAAUAGACUUCAUAAUUUAUGUAAAUUUUAUUUUAAUAAAACCAGUUUUUUGUUUAAAAACCUUGUUUCACAUAUGAAAAAAAUACUGCAUUGAUAUAUAAUUAUUUCAUGUUAUGUAAUAACCCAAAACAAAUAUAUUACUCGAAUAUGUUUGUAGAGAUGCUAUUUAUUCAUAUAAACGCACAGAAAGAUUCCAAAGGAAAAUAUAUAUCUUGUGAAAAUAUAGAGAUUUGAAAAUUUGACAUGAUGCAAAUAGACUGAUACAUAAGUUGGAAAGGUUAUUUACAUGGCAGAAUACAUGUAUGAAUAUUAAAGUAAUUGAA